AUGACAAAGGACCCAGUCGGGACGUUCAUACCCGAUGAGACAUUUGACCGAGAAGGCCUCUCCAGUGCAACAGACGAGCAAGUCUUGUUGCACCGGAGAGUCGUCCUGAUGAACAAGGACUCUAGGGGGAUGACCCGCUGGGGCCUCUUGGACCUGAAUGUCCAAGGUUCAGUCGCUCUUAGCUCAAACAAGGGCGUGGUGAAGUGUUCGGCACUAAAUGCCGUAAUCGAUAAAGGUCGCAACGUCAAUUUCUUCACAGAGUUUCAAUGUGAAAUGGGGAGCAUUGGCGCCGGCGGGAAAGCACUGCAAGAAAAGAACCGGAACUGGUUCGAGCAAUGUAAUCACCGCUGGGCGAUGGAUUGGGCAACCGGGUGGGGUUGUGCCAACGACCUGAUUAAUGAGCCACACCAGCGGAGAACGCGCACAGCGCGACAGACCCGUAUCUCUGAUAUGAGCUACGAGGUGCCAUUCCUGCCCGAGAUUUCCCAUAUCAACAAAGAGAUCGGCAACAACUCGCCGACCAUCGAAACACUACAGGAAAGAUUUCUUCUCGGCGCCCUGACAGUGGAUUAUUUGAGUGCAACUCUGUACCAGUUGCAGGCGCAGGCCCAGGGCAUCAACUUCAACACCGGCGAGUUCCGAGAGGCCGCCACUCACAGCCUCCUGGAUCCCAAUGAUCGGAUCUCAGAAAAUGUGCUCAAGAUGACUGACGUUGAUCGAUCACUCGGCACAUUGGUGGGCCCACGGUUGCACGUCCAUCAAGAUGGACGGACAACCGUCAAGUUCAGCAAAUGUGAUCGAUACUGA